AUGAGUGCGUCAGAAAAAGGCCCCAAGGAAGCCGAAAAUCCAGAUUACGUAGAGUCAUCUCUAGAUGGAUUAGCCAACGAUGAGGACCUGAAGGCGCGCGAGAAGGCGCUGGUUUGGAAACAAGACUUGCGCAUCGUUCCGUUGAGCGCCGGGGUCUAUCUUCUCUGCUACCUGGAUCGAUCCAACAUCGGGAAUGCAAAGAUCCUCAACGAGAAUACGGGGGACGAUCUCCUCACGGAGACGGGGAUGAGCUCGUACGAGUACACCAUUGCGCUCAUGGUGUUUCUUAUCGCCUACGCUCUCUUCGAGGUCCCCUCGAACUAUUUCUUGAAGAAGCUCAAACCAAGUCGAUGGAUUGCGUUCCUCAUGCUAUCAUGGGGGGCGUGCACAAUGGGCCUGGGCGGUGCGCAUAACUACGCCCAGGUGACCGGAAUUCGCUUCUUACUUGGAGUGAUGGAGGCCGGGCUCUUCCCAGGACUUGUGUAUUUCUUAACCUUUUGGUAUCGGAACUCGGAGCGCUCCUUACGAGUGGCCCUGAUCCUAGCAUCGGCCACUUUAGCAGGCGCCUUUGGAGGCGCCAUUGCCUACGGGGUAGGACAUUUGAAUCAAGUCCACGGCCUGUCAGCAUGGCGCUGGCUGUUCAUCAUCGAGGGUGCUCCGUCCUGCGCAUCGGCCUUCCUCGUUUGGUUUUUUCUUCCUGACUAUCCGGAGUCGGCUUCAUGGCUCACCCCCGAGGAGAAAGACUUAGCAGCACAGCGACUCCACCUUGAAGGUUCCCAGGGGAAAGCACAGGCGAUGACAUGGGAGGAAGCGAAGGGGGUAUUGACAGAUUGGCGCCUCUACGCCCAUUAUGCAGUGUAUUUCGGUAUAUCAGGCCCCUUUUCCAGUCUGUCGCUCUUCACUCCGGUCAUCACCAGUGGUCUCGGUUAUGCGAAGCUGCGCGCUCAACUCAUGACCGUCCCACCCUGGGCGGUAGCAUAUGUAGUAACCACCGCGGUCGCUUGGUCUGCGGAUUACUUUAACAGUCGGGGUCUUCAUUCAGCCAUCUUCUCCUUCAUCGGAGCCAUGGGGUUUUUAGCUUCUGCCGUGCUUCCGGCAGACGCCUACCUGCACCGAUACGGUUGCCUCAUCGUGGCGACCAGCGGCGCAUUUGCCUGCAUUCCACCCUUACUCGGCUGGCUCUCCGCCAAUAUUCGGUCCACCGCGGGAACGGGGCUCGCAAUUGCGCUCAAUGUUUCUUUCGGGGCACCGGGGCAGAUCGUCGGCGUGUGGAUCUACAAAUCCAACGAAGCGGAACGAGGCUAUCCGACCGGACACUGGACCAAUGCGGCGUUGCUCCUUGCGGUAUGCGUGGGGUGCCUCGCGUUGCGACUUUAUUAUGGAUGGAGAAACAAGCGGAUUGUGGUAGGGGAGAAGUUUGCAUAUUAG